CCAGUAAAGUUUGAAUGUUCACCCCAAUGGCCCCUAGUGACACUUUCAUUCCCGUCAGUGAGGGGUGCGUGAGACUAAAGUUAUACCAAUAAAGAACAUUCGUAUCCUGAAAAUAAAACGCUCACAUCCUAUUUUCAUCCUUGGGGACCGAUGAAUCUUUGGAAAGGACAGUUAUAAACAGAAUAUUCUGGGGAUAGCAUAAACAGUUAUUUGGAAAGAUGGAGAUCACUAAUGUCAGUGAAUAUGAAGCAAUUGCCAAGGCAAAAUUGCCGAAGAUGGUUUAUGACUACUAUGCAUCAGGAGCAGAGGACCAAUGGACUCUUCAGGAGAAUCGGAAUGCAUUCUCGAGGAUUUUGUUUCGACCUCGUAUUCUAAUUGAUGUAAGCAAGAUAGACAUGGCCACAACUGUUUUGGGCUUCAAAAUCUCAAUGCCCAUCAUGAUUGCUCCUACAGCCAUGCAGAAGAUGGCUCAUCCUGAGGGAGAGUAUGCAACUGCAAGAGCAGCAUCCGCAGCUGGCACAAUCAUGACGUUAUCCUCAUGGGCUACUUCCAGCGUUGAAGAGGUCGCUUCAACAGGACCCGGCAUUCGCUUUUUCCAACUCUAUGUGUAUAAAGACAGAAAUGUGGUUGCACAGCUUGUAAGGAGAGCUGAAAGGGCUGGUUUCAAGGCAAUUGCCCUUACUGUGGACACUCCAAGGCUUGGCCGCAGGGAGGCUGACAUUAAGAACAGAUUUGUGUUGCCACCAUUUUUGACAUUGAAGAAUUUUGAGGGACUGGAUAUCGGGAAGAUGGAUAAGUCCGAUGAUUCUGGACUAGCUUCAUACGUUGCUGGACAAAUUGAUCGGUCUCUCAGCUGGAAGGAUGUGAAGUGGCUUCAGACAAUCACCAAUUUACCAAUUCUUGUGAAGGGCGUAAUUACUGCUGAGGAUGCAAGGUUAGCCGUACAAGCUGGAGCUGCAGGAAUCAUUGUGUCCAAUCAUGGAGCUCGCCAACUUGAUUAUGUUCCUGCAACUAUUAUGGCUUUGGAAGAGGUUGUCAAAGCUGCACAAGGCCGAGUUCCUGUUUUUCUGGAUGGUGGAGUUCGGCGUGGGACAGAUGUCUUUAAAGCAUUGGCUCUUGGAGCAUCUGGGAUAUUCAUUGGAAGACCAGUGGUGUUCUCAUUGGCUGCUGAAGGUGAGGCUGGUGUGCGAAAAGUACUUCAGAUGCUUCGUGAUGAGUUUGAAUUAACUAUGGCUUUAAGCGGUUGCCGAUCACUCAAAGAGAUUACCCGUGACCACAUUGUGACUGAAUGGGACCGUCCUCGUAUUGCACCAAGGCUGUAACAAGAUGCUGCUGCUUCUUGUUCAUUAUUUGGUUGAAAGUUAAGUUUCAGGAAUCAGUUUGUCAUCAGAAUAACAUAUCUCACUUAUGGUUCCAGAUUUAUAUUGAAGAGUUCAAACUUCUGUAAUGACCAUAAGAUAUUUUCAUAAAUAUACCAAAGCUACUUUGCAUUCCCUGUA